UUUACAAUCUCUGUUCUUAGUUAUGAGCUGGGAUUUUUCAGUUUUGGUUAAAAGUUGAAGUUUUUUUUGGGAUGUUUGUUGUAUGAUGAAAUACUUGAACCAAACCAGUUAAAGAAAAAACGGAUUUUGUUUUCUGGGUUUAGGAAUUUGGUACUUUGUUUUUUUUUUUUUGGGUUGGAUUUUAUGUGAGUGACAAUGAUUUGUCAAGCUUUAGGCACAACACAUUUGAAAUGGUGGUGGUGGGUCAAGACAAUGUUUCAUUGUCUAUUCUUGCAAGUGUGUUACUAAACUUUUAAAAAUUUAUGUUUUUUUUUCGACACCAUACAAAAUUUUCUCAUGUGCCUGCCUUUGUGCUUAUACAUUUGUGGCAAUUUGGUAUUCAAUAUUGAUGUCUCUUUUUACCUCUUAUUUUUUCACUCUCCAAAAUGUGUAUGUUUUUGCAGAAUACAAAAUGUUUGAUGCUUGAAAUGUGGGGUUUGGAUUUUUGGCUCUAUUCUUUAGCUUUAGAUGUUUGGUUGGUCAAAAAUUGUGAAAGACAGUAGAGAUUUUCUAUAUCAGUCAGGAAUUUCUAUUUGGAGAAAGAAUCCUUAAUUUUGUUCCUUUGAUAGAGAGGUUCUAUAUUGGCCAUAAUGCGAUCUCUCUGGCAUUACACAAAGUAAAGUCAUUUCAUGAAUAAAGUGGUUUACUUGAUUACCCCUUUGGUACAACUGUCAGCAAAAUAAAGACAAAGAAAUGUUACAAACCUUUUGUUUGUUUCUCAUUGGAUAAUAGCUUGAGGUCAAUAUGUAACUUUGGGUCCAAGUUUCUCUGAGGAAGAGGAUUUUUGUAAAGACUCCAGUAGAGAAGUGAAACCGUAGAGCUUCUUCUAUUCAAGAAUCCUCUGAGAAACUUUGAUAUAUAUAUUUAUAGUUUGCUAAUAAUAUCUGGUGUUGUUAUGGACAUAAAAUCUGGUCACUCGUCUCCUGUAAUGACUGAUUCUCCACCGAUAAGCAACUCAAGAUUAACCAUUCGUCAGAAUAGACUCCCUUACUCAUCAGCAGCAGCCACGGCUAUCUCACAGAACAGCAAUCUCUUACUAACCGUUCCAAGAAAGAAAACUGGAAUCCUUGAUGAUGUUAAGUCUAAUGGUUGGCUUGAUGCGAUGAAAUCUUCUUCUCCUCCUCCAACAAUACUUAACAAAGAUAACUUAACCAGUGAUGCUGCGGAUAUGACUUAUCGCGAAUGGACGCAGCUCAAGUAUCCAUCAGCUCUUAGUUCUUUUGAGAAAAUCAUGAGUUUUGCAAAGGGUAAAAGAAUAGCAUUGUUUCUUGAUUAUGAUGGGACACUUUCGCCUAUAGUUGAGGAACCUGAUUGCGCAUACAUGUCAAGUGCUAUGCGUAGUGCAGUGCAAAACGUUGCCAAGUAUUUCCCAACCGCGAUCAUUAGUGGAAGAAGCCGUGAUAAGGUGUAUGAGUUUGUUAGUUUAAGUGAACUUUAUUACGCUGGAAGCCAUGGAAUGGACAUCAUGAGUCCUGCAGGAGAAUCUCUAAACCACGAACAUAGCCGUACUGUAUCAGUUAACGAACAGGGGAAAGAUGUAAAUCUAUUCCAGCCUGCUAGCGAGUUUCUCCCGAUGAUCGAUAAGGUGCUUUGUUCGCUUAUAGAGAGUACAAAAGAUAUCAAAGGGGUAAAAGUAGAAGACAACAAGUUCUGCAUCUCUGUGCAUUACCGCAAUGUAGAAGAAAAGAACUGGGCAUUGGUUGCACAGUGUGUUGAUGAUGUCAUAAGAACAUAUCCAAAACUACGGCUAACACAUGGCCGGAAGGUUUUAGAGAUCCGUCCUGUGAUUGACUGGGACAAAGGGAAAGCUGUGACAUUCCUACUUGAAUCUCUCGGCCUAAACAACUGUGAGGAUGUUCUUCCAAUCUAUGUUGGGGAUGAUCGAACAGACGAAGAUGCAUUUAAGGUAUUACGAGAUGGACCAAACCACGGGUAUGGUAUAUUAGUCUCUGCUGUGCCCAAAGACAGCAAUGCCUUUUACUCGCUUUGUGACCCGUCUGAGGUGAUGGAGUUUCUGAAAUCAUUGGUGACAUGGAAGAGAUCAAUGGGUUAAGUAGAGAAGAAGAAGUAGAAGAAAGUGGUUAACGUUAAUAUAUAUUACAAAUAUGCAAGUUAAUUAGAGGAUUAUUGUUACUUUUCGGCUUUAUACAAAUACCGUUGAGAUUUAACUUAACGGUAUCGGUGGAGAGAUCACAUGAAGGCUUAAAACAUGCCGGAGAUCCUUUUUCCGAUCAAUCUCUUUAUUUUCUAUAACUGUAAAUUCUUCUUCUCUUGGAUAACUGCCUCCAUCUCCGGAUUAAUUCAAAUCAUUUUGGUUUAAAUUCUUAUGUGAAGUAUAAGUUAUUAAUAGGACAGAAUGCAA